AUGCUUCGCUCUUUGGCCCGUUUGAAUAUCCAUAGGUCGCUAAGACUAGCCCCAAGAUCCAGAGUUGGCCCAGCUUUGGCCACAGCCAGACUCCCCUUUCAAUCCACCGUUCCAGUGCUGAGACAGAUUAGAUACCACUCCACAGACAACAGCGACAACAAAACGGCCACUUUGAAAGGAGAUGCUCCACAGCUCAUGAUCGCCUUCACAUGUACCAAGUGUGACACCAGAUCCUCGCAUACUUUCUCCAAACAGUCAUACACCAAGGGAACGGUCUUGAUCCAGUGCCCUGGUUGCAAAGGUCGUCAUUUGAUCGCCGAUAACCUUAAGAUCUUCCGUGAUAACAACGUCAAUUUGGAAGAUAUUCUUCAGGCCAAGGGAGAACUGGUGGCAACCACUACGGAUGACCUUGCUUUUGAAGAUAUUCCUGAAUCCUUGAGGAAGACCAUUGGCCAUCAUGCCAAGGACGCUCCAGAGGAGUACCAGAAGAAAUAUGACAAUCAGGACAACGGUUUGCCUCCAACCAAGGACUAG